CGUGCUCCACUGCCCGGAAGGAGUAGCUACACGCGGUAGUUGGAGUGAGAAGCCGAGUCUAGUUAGUACCCGGUGCUGUGGUCAGUGCAAUGCCCAAAGCCAAGGGAAAGACUCGGAGGCAGAAGUUCGGUUAUAAUGUUAACCGGAAGCGUCUGAACCGGAAUGCUCGACGGAAGGCAGCGCCGCGGAUCGAAUGCUCACACAUCCGACAUGCCUGGGACCAGACCAAAUCGGUGCGGCAGAACCUGGCCGAGAUGGGUUUGGCUAUGGACCCCAACAGGGCAGUGCCCCUUCUUAAGAGAAAGGUAAAGGCCAUGGAAGUGGAUGUAGAGGAGAGGCCUAAGGAGCUUGUGCGGAAGCCUUAUGUGCUUAAUGACCUGGAGGCAGAAGCCAGCCUUCCAGAAAAGAAAGGAAAUACACUGUCACGAGAUCUCAUUGACUAUGUUCGCUACAUGGUGGAGAACCAUGGGGAGAACUAUAAGGCUAUGGCCCGGGACGAGAAGAAUUACUAUCAAGAUACCCCAAAACAGAUUCGGAAUAAGAUCAACGUCUACAAGCGUUUUUACCCAGCAGAGUGGCAAGCCUUCACUGAUUCUUUGCAAAAGAAUAAAAUGGAGGUUGAGUGACUGGUUUAUGCCUGCCCCAGGUUGAGGCUUCCUCUUGGACCAGAGAAGCAAGGAGGGGGUGUCCAUUUACAGAUGAGGCCAGCCAAACCCCAUGGAAUCAAAAGGUUACAAUGCACGUGUGUGUGUGUGCCUGUGUGCACACACACACAUACAAUCUCUCUCACAUUUCACUUUGGAGAAAAUACUGUCUCCCAGAGACUCCAAUUUAUAUUCUUCUGGGGACUCUGGGAAAAGCCAGAACCUGCUGUUUAAUGAGUAGGCGGUUUGUUUGAAUAUAGUCUGUGUACAAUAAAAUAGUUAUUUUUACUUC